AUGUCCGAGCCUCCGAGGAUUCACGAUGAUGAUGCUCAGUGGGACCAUCCCGCGCCAUUCCAACUGGACGGCCACGAUCCCCCUAAAUUGGCGCGAUACACGUACAUAGUACAUUUCUUCAUCCUUGACGAUGAUAGGCUUCCCGGAAACUCGGCGCACCACGGAUUGUUUCCGUUCACCGCAUUGGACGCAAGAAAUGGUGGCGCACAGUUUGAUUGGGCGGCAUUGAGACGAGGUACCGCCCAAAGAGGAAAAUCGAGCGCGGAGAGGGAUCCGCAAGAAUGGCAUGGCGCCGACACGAUCCUGGCAUCUAAGAAAAGACUAGAACUUGUAUUGAUAGUACCGUACGGAACUAAGCUGCAGGCAUCCUCCGACAGGUGUCCCCGUGAGGGUACCGUGUUCCAGUUGGACGAACGCAAAAGCUUCUGGAAAUUCUUUCGAAAGUUCGAUUCUCUUGGCCCGAAUCCAAUGUCCGGGUGUCAUGGCCCCAUGGCCAUGCCACAAAACCAGGAUCAUACCAGAGACCUAGGGUCUAUUCGAAGUGCAGCUCCUUGGGGAAUGGGCACCCUAUUCUGUUGUCCUUCUCCUCUUCUCGAAGCAGACGGUGCAUGGCGGUAUGCAAUAAUACCUAGGCUCAAUAGGACAGGGUUGGACGAGGAGCAACUCAAGACCAUACGCGACCCUGUAGGUCUGCUCGUGACUACUGCCCGCGGUGAGGGUGUGACGGAUGAUGCUGCACCAAGACUUCGAUAA